AACAAUCUACGCAUGGGCGAAGUGAGAAGCGUGACAUUUGGGAAAUAACUUGAGAUAACGUUAUACAUUUAUGUUCUGAAUAUUAAACCAAUAUGGGUAAGAAGAAGUCUGGGGGAGGAGGUUCCGGACUCGGAAGAGCCUUAAUAAAAGAGAGAUUGACCGCUGGUCGCGGAGUUAGAAGGAAUGAUACCUGGCUUCACACCACUGAGCUGAACGAUGGAUAUGAUUGGGGUCGCCUGAACUUACAGUCGGUGACAGAGCAGAGUUCUCUUGAUGAUUUUUUGGCUACUGCUGAACUAGCAGGAACAGAAUUUGUGGCAGAAAAACUAAACAUCAAGUUCGUACCAGCCGAAGCAAGGGCUGGUCUUUUAACUCCCGAAGAAUCAAAUCGAAUUAAACAACUUCAUGAAAAAAAUAAACAAUUUCUACGCAUUCCUCGCAGACCACAAUGGGAUGAAAACACAAGUCCUGAGGUAUUGCAACAAACUGAACGAGACAGUUUUUUGCAGUGGAGGCGAGAACUGGCAUCACUUGAGGAGGAGCAAAAGUUGAUUCUCACUCCGUUUGAGAGGAAUCUGGAUUUCUGGAGGCAGUUGUGGAGAGUCAUAGAGAGGAGUGAUGUUGUGGUUCAGAUUGUGGAUGCCAGGAAUCCCUUGCUCUUUCGUUGCCCAGAUCUGGAAAUGUAUGUGAAAGAGACCUCUGAGCAGAAGGUGAACAUGCUGUUGUUGAAUAAGGCCGACUUGUUGACCCGUGAGCAGCGGCGAGUCUGGGCACGCUACUUCCAGAAGGAGGGCAUCAGGGCAGUGUUCUGGUCAGCCCUUGCAGAAGGGCUAAGACUGGAUGCAGAAGAGAAGGGAGAAGAACCGCUGGAAGACGAGGAUAAGACUGCUUCAGAAGAGGAAGAAGAAGCACAUUUGCCUGGGGCUCCCUUUGGGCAGAAAAGGAAAGAAAGAGAAGGCCAAGAGGAGGAGGAGGGUGACCAAGAGGUAUCAGACUCUGAGGGCUCUGGAGAAGAGGAGGACUGGCAGAGCUGCUCUGAAGAAGAGGAGGAAGAUAACGAGGGAGCAGCGAAGCAGAGCGCAGAAAAUGGGGGACCACAGAAUGACCUGAAGUUCCGCAACUCCAGCCGCUUGCUCCAGAAAACUGAGCUGCUGAACAUCUUCAAAUCUGCCCAUUCUGGUGCCACCUGUAAAGAAGGCCAGAUCACCGUGGGUUUGGUCGGUUAUCCUAAUGUGGGUAAAAGUUCCACAAUCAACACCAUUCUCAGAAAUAAGAAAGUCUCAGUGUCUGCCACACCUGGUCACACCAAACACUUCCAGACUCUGUUUGUGGAGGCUGACCUGUGCCUGUGUGACUGCCCCGGCCUGGUCAUGCCAUCGUUCGUGUCCACUAAGGCAGAGAUGAUGUGCUGUGGCAUCCUGCCCAUUGAUCAGUUGCGGGACCACGUGCCUGCCAUCUCCUUAGUGUGCCAGACUAUUCCUCGGGCAGUGUUGGAGGGCACCUAUGGCAUCAACAUCAUCCGGCCACGAGAGGAUGAGGACCCCCACCGGAAGCCCUCAGCUGAGGAGCUGCUAACAGCCUAUGGAUACAUGAGGGGCUUCAUGACGACACACGGGCAGCCUGACCAGCCGCGCUCCUCCCGCUACAUCCUGAAGGAUUACGUCAGCGGAAAGCUCCUGUACUGUCACCCUCCCCCUCACAUCAACCCCAAGGACUUCCAGCCCCAGCACAGCCAGUUUGAGGAGCGGCCUCUGGAUCUGUUGGACUCUGGCACAAACAAACAGACCAAAGUGAAACGGAUAGAAAACACAGUGGACAAACACUUCUUCCAUCAGGAGAACGUGCGAGCGCUGACCCGGGGGGUGCAGAUGGUGAUGGGCUACAAGCCGGGCAGUGGGCCCCAGGCGCAGGGUGCGGCCAGCACGGAGCAGCAAGCAGGGAAGCCCUGGAAGAAACACGGCAACAGGAACAAGAAGGAGAAGAUCCGCAGACUCACCAAACACCUGGACGCUUAACUGAGCUGUAGUAAUGAGUAUUUUUACCUCAUGAGCUCAGAACCCCCCAGACCCCUUUUGAUUUGAUUAAACCUGAUCAUGGCUGGUCAUAACACAGGCACAGAAUACUGGUAAGUCAUCUUGGGGUGUGUAAUCUUUCAAAUGCUUUUAGGAGUAUGGACAUUCCACUGACAUUUUCAGUGCUGUUAAUCUCCAGAAUCUUCUGGACUGAACACUUGAAAAGACUUGAUAUUUUUCCAUCUCGCUCAAAUGCCUUGAUUUGACAUCAAGGAAUCCUGAAUUAGAUGUCUGCCUUUCAGUCCCACAGGUAUCUUUUAUAAUAUCUCUCAAAAACUGUUUGGUAAUAAAGUUUUAUGUGUCCCACACUAAAGUAUAUAUAAAACUCGAUCUAAUGCUAAAUAAAUCAGAUGCACAUCUGG